CUAGAACAGCUCGGCGUUGUCUGAAAAUAGGUGGAGCUUUAGCGUAUUGAGUACGCGCGAGAAUGUUGGUCAUCCUACGGCAAAGAAUCCAUACAACUUUUGCCCAUUAACUUCAUCCUAACAUAGUCCGUAUUGGCGGUACAUGUUGCCAUACGAACCUGAGGCAAUUAUCGAUAAUCCCGAUAAUCUUGCCUUAACAGCAGAUUUACUCGGUCUACGAUUAAAAUGUCGCAGCCACGAACAUUCAUGCGAUUCGCAAGCCCUAAUGAACGCCGCACAAUUAGUCGCGAAGACGUCGGUUUUUACAACGCACUCGUCAUAGCAGCAGUUUACGAGGUCGAGAAUGAAAGCAUAGACGUCACUUCGGCUCAGUCCUUCUUUCCGGCAUUGAAGUUUUGUAUCUCGAAGCAUCCAUACUUGAGCGUCGUCGUUAAGAAUAAGGAUACCGAAAAACCAGCAUUCGAAAGUGUGUCGACUUUAAAUUUGGACAAUCAUUUGUCUACAAUUCACGACGACGCAAUCAAUAGCAAUGGAGAGACAUCAAUUUUCGAAAAGGUCCUACUACCAAUACUCGACAGGCCAUGGCCUGCUGAUAUACCACCUUGGCGAAUCGUUGUUCUCCCUCUAGCUUCGCCGCAUGGCUCUGCUGUGACACGCUGCUUUGUAGCCUUUGCAUUCUCCCAUACUAUCGGGGACGGCAUCGUCGGACUCACAUUUCAUCGCACUUUUCUAGAGGCAUGGCAACAUACUAUUGGUACAGAGGAGAAAGGGCCUCUUUUGGAAAUUCCACCAAACCGAACACUUCCGCCACCAUUUGACACGCCUGAAAGGCUCCCCAUAUCUUGGAAGUUCCUCCUUGGGCCGCUGAUAGCAGUAUACUUGCCAAAGUUCCUAGCGCGAAUAUUCGGGCUCCGAGCAGCCGCCAGCACUGUCGAUGCUGGCACUUGGAGUGGCUCACGCAUUUUCGAACCAGCGCCUACCCACAAUAGCAGAGCAAGAAUUCUCGAGAUCGAGGCUCCCUUAGUACAAAAGGCCCUGCAAGCUUCGAGAAACCAUGACGCCAAGGUCACUGCAACAGUGCACCAGAUGAUCGUCCGGGCGUUAAGCAAGGCCAUUCCCAACCGCGACGUCACAAACUUCGUUUCGGGCACCGCUGUUGAUAUGCGAGGGUCUAUUGGCAUACCGAACUACACAUGGGGUCUUUUCGUUUCUGGCCAUUACGAGAUACAUCCACGUUUAUCUGAUGUCGCGGAUCCUACGUUUUCGGAUGAGAUGUGGGAGGCUGCGAGUUCAAUGACCAAAAAACUCGCUGAAUGCGGGACGAGGCUGCAUGAUCAAGCAAUUGGCUUGCUGAGAUACGCCCCCAAUAUCAGAACUUGGACCCUAAGUAAAAUCGGGCAGCAACGGGAUUGUUCGUACGAAGUGAGCAAUCUUCUUGCUUUUGACGGCACUGGGGGCAACCCUAAUCAUAAGUGCAAGAUCAGUAAGAUGGUUUUCGCUCAGCCUGGAAAUGUUCUCAGUGGGCCGCUUGUCUUUAAUCUUAUUAGUGUUAAGGAUGGCAACUUGGUAUGCACAGUAACCUGGCAAGCUGGAGCGUUAGAUGUGCCGAUAGAGGAGGAGUAUGCGCUGGUUGAUGAGAUAUGCAGAUCAAUUCGAGCAGACUUUGAAGCCCUAGGGAAUUGAAAUAGCCCUGCUAACAGUCAAAGCUCUUUCAAGCGGAGCCUCACAUGUAUAGUCUGGGUUCUAUAGGUAUUAAUAGUAUAUAAUGAUACGUGCGAUAUGGGAAUGAAGAUGUCCAAGAAGGUAAAUGAAGUGUGAAGCAGUCACGAUUUUGCCA